GUAAAUUAGGAUACCAGCGUAAACGGGAUAUUAAAACGUAAAAGAGGAAUUCUUGUGUAAAUCUCUGCUGCUAGAAUUCUGUACAUUUUCAUUCAUCAUUUGACGCUCAAAGAGAUAUGAAUUUUAGAUCACCUUUUCUUUUAUCAAAAAGCAUUGCAAAUUGCAACAAAUUGCGUCUGUUGUUCUUGCAGUCCUCCAAGGGAUUCAGCACUCGUUCUGCCACUACCACCAAGCACAAAUAUGGUUCUUCCAAGACGGUCAACGUCGAUAUUUUAGGAACGUGGGACAGCCGGACAGAGUUGCCUCUUGAACUCGAGUCUAGCAUCAACUAUGGGAAACCCAUACCUCAAAUUCUCAUCUCAUCGGUUGGAACACACUCCAUUCAAGGCAGGAGGCCUUACAACGAGGACCGCUUUGUUGCAAAAGAGCUCAGACCAAAUCUCCUCUACUUUUCUGUCUUUGACGGGCAUGGCGGAUCAGAGUGUGCAGACUACUGCUACAGUCACAUGGAGAAUCAUUUAACCUUUUGGUUGGACAGAUUAAGUGUCAAUGAUAUUGAACAUGCAAUUGAUGCUGCUUUCAUCGAGUUGAAUAACUCAUUUUCUCGUUGGUGGGCUUUUCAUGGCAAAGCCACCAGUAAUGUUCCAGGGACAACAGCUACAGUAGCACUCCUUCACAAGAACAUGGAUCUUUAUCUUGGCCAUGUUGGAGAUAGCCGUGCUAUGCUAUGUCGAGGAGGGAAGGCCCGCCGUCUCACAACGGAUCAUUGUCCAUCCCUUCUUACCGAAAAGACUCGAAUUGAACAAUCUCAAGGAAAGGUUGUGGUUGAUGAUGUUGGCCGAGGAAUGGUCAACGGAAGAUUAGCGAUGACGAGAAGCCUGGGAGAUCUAGAGCUGAAACCAUUUGGCGUGACUGCCGUCCCUGAUGUGAGAAAGAUUAAGAUAAAGCACGGGAGAGAUGCAUUUCUAGUGCUGACUACCGACGGAAUCAAUUGCGUGAUGUCGGAUCAGGAAAUUUGUGACGUCAUCCAGCGAACUGAAGAUCCAAACGAUGCCGCCCACUGCCUAACUGAUGCAGCCUUACAUUACUCAUCUGAAGACAAUGCGACCGCAAUCGUUGUGCCCUUGGGCUCCUGGGGCAAUAACACGACAUCAGCUUCCAUUUUCUACAGUUUUGGCCGCAGCAUGACGGUCAGCAGCCGCUUCAGUUAACACUCAAUCCGCCCAAUAUAAAACUCGUGUUUUUAUU